AUGAAUGAACGAUCUGAAGCAAGAACACCAGCUAGAGCUUAUGCAAUCAGAGCUCGUGAGAAAGCUAUUGCCCUAGACAUUAUUACGGGUACUUUUUCUCUCUUUGAUAUUAAUGUAUAUGAAUUGAUUGAUCCUGGACCAACUCACUCGUAUAUAGGCACUGCAUUAGUAGACAAAAAGAAUUUACCUGUUGAGUUCACUGAAUAUACCGUCAAAGUUAUGAAUCCACUAGAGCUACUGAAAUAUUAUGGUUUGGUUAUUGAUUAUCAUUCGGGAAAGGCUAAUGUGGUUUCGGAUGCACUCAACAGAAAGUCAUCAUUGUUUGCACUUCGUGUGUUGAACACUCACUUGGCUUUGAAUGUCGAUGGUUCUAUAUUGGUGAAAUUGAGGACUCAACUAUUGUUUCUACAACAAAUUCGGGAGUUGCAAAAUGAUGAUCCGAAGUUGAUAAUGAAACGAAACUUGGUAAAAGCAGAGCAUCAGGUGCCGUUAGGAUUAUCACAGCCUGUUAUGAUUCUUGAGUGGAAGUGGGAGCGAGUAACAGUGGAUUUCAUAUCUGGUUUUCCUGAAACUCCGAAAAAGAAAUAUUCGAUCUGGAUAAUCGUUGCUGACAUUUUGGAAGGAUCAAUCAACCGACUCACACUAUCCAUCUACGUUGGAUUACCACCUGAUCGAGAAGUUGAAUUGGCAAUCGAAGUGUUCCCUGGUACAACUCUGGUGUCCAUAUCUCCUUACCGUAUGGCUCCGAAAGAGUUAAAGGAACUGAAAGUUUAG